AUGUGCAACUCCUCUUGGCUUCCGACGUUAUCGCCUAGUGCCACUCACUCUGGCCCUAGACGAAGCGGAAUUCUGCGAGAUAUUUCAUGGAAGCCUGCUCGUUCUCCGACAUCGAAACAGCGUUCGACGAGACAAUCGCGCACUGCGCCGCCGCGCAAGGAAUCGAUCCGAUCUGUUCCACGUCGCAUUGGCUCAUUCCCGUUGCCUAUGCCUUCUCGGGAAACGCAGCCCAGCGGGGUGUUUUCGAGUCACGCUGGUCAUGUCGCGUUGAUCGAGCACACAACGCCCAACGGGCCGGUGCUCUCUAGCUUCGACGCCGUGUGGGGAUUCGCCACACCCUUCGUUGGAAUGGACGCCACUGCGUUGGUGCUCGAUGUCGCUGAUCUGCUCACCGAUCUGGACUUCUAUGCGCUGACCGUCUCGGGACUCGACCCGGCCGGCCCGCUCUUUGACGAGGUUCAACAGCUGGGCCCGGCGGGGUUCACCGACACCGCCGAUCGAUGCGUUGCUGAUCUCGGCGAUGGAUUUGGCACGUGGAUCGAUCGGCGAUCGCCCCGAUUUCGUCGAUCGUUGCGGGCUGCAGCCAACCGAGCCGAGACCACCGGAAUCACAAUCGAUCAGCACUCACCGGAACUCCGCGAAGUCGACGCAAUCUUCGCACGCAUAUUGGCCAUCGAAAAGACGAGCUGGAAGACCGACGCUGGCUCCGGACUGGUCGACACCGAUCUUGGGGUGUUCACCCGCGCGAUGGCCGAACGCUUUGCCUCUAGUGGAGCGCUGCGCGUGCAGUUUGCGCGGCUCGACGAUGACGACAUUGGUUAUGUCAUCGGGGCUCGAGUUGGUAACCGAUACCGAGGGUUCCAGCACAGCUUCAACCAGAACUUUCCUGAGCUAUCGAUCGGCAAGCUGUUGCAGUUUCACACCAUUGCCAACCUGGCCAGCGAAGGCGUGACCGCGUACGAACAUGGCAAGGGCGACCAAACCAUCGCGACCCAAGGUCGCGACCGCGUGAGCCAAAACGAAUUCGCUGAGCUUCACAACCGGCUCAACGCCGUAUCAAGGAUCGACCAGAAGCGGCUAGGGCGGCGGGUUAAAGGCGCUCGCAAAAUUAAACAGACCAGCCGCCGCUCCCAAGUGCUCGACGAAAUCAGCACCAAGAUCGACCGGGCAGAAAAGCAGCAGGCGCGGCGAAUCGCAGCCAUCCCGAAUCUCACCUACCCCGCUGAGCUGCCAAUAACACAACGCCGAGAACAACUUGUCCGGACCAUUCGCGACAACCAGGUCGUGGUCAUCGCGGGUGAGACCGGCUCCGGCAAGAAAAGCACCCAGCUGCCAAAGAUGUGUCUGGAAGCCGGGCUCGGCCGCGCGGGACUGAUCGGGCACACCCAACCACGACGCAUCGCGGCAAGGUCGGUAGGCGCCCGUAUUGCCGAAGAACUUGGCCAGCAGAUCGGCGGUGCCGUCGGCUAUUCGGUGCGCUUUGAUAACCGCACGAACGACAAGACAACGAUCAAGGUUAUGACCGACGGCAUAUUGCUGGCCGAACUCGCCCAUGACCCCGACCUGCUGGCCUACGACGUCAUCAUCGUCGACGAGGCUCACGAACGCAGCCUGAACAUCGAUUUCUUGCUCGGUUACCUGCACCGACUUGUACCCCGCCGUCCCGAUCUGCAUGUGGUGGUCACGUCAGCCACAAUCGAUACCGCCAAGAUCGCUGCCCACUUCGACGGGGCGCCCAUCAUCGAGGUGUCGGGUCGCAACUUUCCUGUCGAUGUCCGCUAUCGCCCGCUCGACUCCGAGGGCGAGAAACUGGAAGUUCCUGCCGCCGUCCGGCGAGCCAUUUCGGAGCUGACUCGCGUGGGUCCUGGCGACAUUCUGGUAUUCAGCAACGGCGAACGAGAGAUCAACGAAAUCUGUGAGGCUGUGCGGCGCCACGAACCUGAUCUCGAAGUGCUGCCCUUGUACGCCCGCUUGUCGUCGAAGGAACAACAGCGAGUGUUCGGUGAGUCGAAACGCCGACGUAUUGUCGUGUCCACCAACGUGGCCGAAACCUCGCUGACGGUGCCCGGUGUGCGCUUCGUUAUCGACGUGGGCCAGGCGCGCAUCUCGCGGUUUAGUCAACGCACCAAGGUGCAACGGCUUCCCAUCGAACCCAUCUCCCAAGCAUCGGCCAAUCAGCGCAGCGGACGCUGCGGGCGCCUAGGCCCCGGCGUUGCGAUUCGACUGUACGAAGAAGACGACUUCGAGGCGCGCCCCGAGUUCACCGAACCGGAGAUCCAACGCACCAACCUGGCAUCGGUCAUCUUGACCAUGGCCAACCAACGCCUUGGUUCACCGCUGGAGUUCCCAUUCAUCGACCCGCCAGAUCCACGUGCGGUCACCGAUGGUGUGCGACUACUGCACGAGUUGCGUGCGGUCGAGAGUCCCAUGCUCCCCGAGAAAGGCAACGCGGGUCGAGGCUGGUUGACCAACACCGGCAAGGCUCUGGCCCGCUUCCCCAUGGAUCCGCGUCUGGGCCGCAUUGUGCUGGCCGGUGACGAACAAGGCUGUCUUUUCGAAUCAAUCAUCAUCGCGGCGUCACUUGCAGUGCAAGAUCCGCGAGAACGACCACGAGAAAAGCAGAAGGCGGCCGACGACGCCCAUGCGUUCUUCGUUGAUGACCGCAGCGACAUCUUGACCCUGCUGCAUCUUUGGCAUGUCGCCAGCAAUAAACGCCGGGAGAUGAACCGGCGCCAAUUCACCAAAUGGUGUCGCGAUCGGUUCUUACAUGCCCAAAGGAUGGGAGAGUGGUUCGACACCAUCGAACAGCUGCGUGCCGCGGCCGAAGAGAUGGGCUUAGCGAACAGCUACAGCAGUGACUUCGAUGUCUCACUGGGGCCCGGCUCGGGCGACCCAUCAAACUGGGGCGAUGACAUUCAUCGUGCGGUGCUUGCGGGGAUGUUGUCGCAAGUGGGCAUGCGCAUCGAGCGCAGUCACGAGUAUUUGGGACCGCGUAACGCACGCUUUGCCAUCCAGCCAGGAUCGACCACCUUCGAGACCAAGCCCGACUGGGUCAUGGCGACAACCCUGGUCGAGACCAGUCGACUUUGGGCCCGAACAGUUGCGCCAAUCGAUCCUGCGUGGCUCGAAGCCCCCGCAGAACACUUGACCUCAUGCGAGGUUGGCGAUGCAGCAUGGGACCCCCAAAGCGGCCGAGCGAUGACGACCGAGACGGUCCGACUGCAUGGCCUCCCGAUCAUCGCGGAUCGUUUGGUCCCUGUGGACGGUCAUGACCCGGUAACCGCACGGGAGAUGUUCAUCCAUCACGCGCUCAUCGAAGGUGACUGGGACCAUCAGCGUCACGGAUUCGAAGCAACCAACGCAUCGGUACGCCGCGAGGCCAGAAACCUGGCCGUGCGAGCAACACAGCGCAGUUUCGACGACGAAUACGAUCGCGUGUGGACGUUCUAUGACGGUGCGCUUCCUGCCCAUAUCACCAGCGGACCUCAUUUCGAAUCAUGGUUUGGCCCGGCGGCGAUCGAAGAUCCGCAUCUGUUGGAGAUGUCGGUUCAUGACCUGAUCACCGAAGAAGAGGCCACCGUCGACGAGGCCAAGUUUCCCGACGAGAUAAGCCACCAAAGCAUGCGGCUCGCGCUCGACUACCAAGAUGCUGCUACGUCGGUCGCAGUCGACAUUCCGGUUGCUGCCACGAGCAGCAUCGACGCAAUGACUUUUCUUGGUGUUGUGCCCGGACACCGACGCGAAGCCAUCAUCGCUCUGUUACGCGCGUUACCAAAACCACUUCGCAAGCGUCUGGUUCCCGUCCCCGAAACCGUUGACCGAAUCCUAGCCAGCCUCGCAGAUCCGGCCAGCGGACCCGGCGCCGACGCCGCGGCAUUCGCGCUCGGUCUGCGUCAAGCCGUGGAGAGGCGCAUAGGCGAGCCGCUGCCGUUCGAUGCGUUGGAUCCUCGAUCUUUGCCCCAGCCGCUUCGGCCGCACUAUCGAAUCGUGAACGACGAUGGGGAUGUCUUGGCCGAAGGAGGUGAUCUCGAUGUGCUGCGCAGCCAUCUGCAGGCCGAUAUCGAACAGGCGCUGCACGACGGGUCCGAAGGUGUUAGUCACCCUGGCGCGGUCACCUGGGAGUUCGGCACAAUCCCCAAGACAGUCUCGGUAGGUGCCCGCCAGGGCGCCACCACCGCAUACCCCGCUCUGAUCGAUCGAAUCGAAACGGUUGGGGUUGAUCUGUUGCCAUCCGCCAGCGCCCAGUCAGCCGCCAUGUGGAGCGGUGCUCGACGUCUGCUGCGACUGACCGUCAAGGCGCCGUUGCGUGAAAUGAACCAGGUUUUGACCAAUGCUCGUCUGCUGUCGCUCACAUUGACUGCCCACGGUGAACGCAAAGAGUGGUUCGAAGACCUUACGCUCGCGUGUCUGGGCACGAUCAUCGACGACGCUGGAAUCCCUUGGGACGGCGACGACUUCGCACAACUUCAAGACCGAGCACGACGAGACUUGCCGCGCCUGGCUACCGAAUGGGCACCGGUCGCGGCCGACAUGAUCGAUGAAACUGCCGCAAUCCGUAUGGCGAUAGUGUCCGGCGACCAUCUGCCCCAGGACUGCGUACAUGAUGCUCGCAACCAUCUCGACCGGCUGGUGUUCCCCGGACACCUCAAUGCCAUCGGCGUCGUCAAGUUUCAUGACAUGGUGCGCUACCUGCGGGGUAUUCGCGAACGGCUCGACAAGUUGCCAACUCGGAUUUUGGCCGACCGCACCUCGAUGCACGAGAUCCUGGGUGUCGAGGACUUCUACGACACGGUCGCCCGCCAUAUGGCGUGGUCAAAGGAAAUCGAAUCGGUGGCGUGGUCCCUCGAGGAACUGCGCAUCAGCGCCUUCGCUCAACAGCUCGGGGCCCGCGAGAAGGUCAGCGCAAAGCGCAUCCGUAGACGCUUGGACAAGAUCGCAGCUACAUGA